AUGUUGGCAUCAUUAAGACAAUCAGCUAGUCUAUUGACUAGAGGUGUGUCAUCACUCUCAUCUAGACUAUACUACGGCACAACAACAAAUAAUAAUACAAAUGAUGCGACAUCAACAUCAUCAACAGGACCAAGCAGCAACAGCGAGUCUACAACACACUUUGGCUUCCGUACAGUGAACACUGAACAAAAGGAGAGCAUGGUCAAGGAGGUGUUCGACUCUGUCGCCUCAAGCUACGAUAUAAUGAACGACGCAAUGAGUUUGGGCGUGCACAGACUCUGGAAGGACGAGUUCAUGAACACUCUGAACCCAACACCCGGUUCACAUCUACUAGAUGUUGCUGGAGGAACGGGUGAUAUAUCAUUCAGAUUCCUCGACAAGAUCAAGUCCUCACCAUACUACUUGCCAAGACCAAGCUCGGGAAGUGCACCAACUGGCGCAUCACCAUCAUCCUCAGCGAUCGUCUAUGAUAUCAAUCAAUCAAUGUUGGACGAAGGAAAGAAGAGAAGUGUUAAACUCGGCUACUCAGAUCUCUCAGACCCAUCGAUCGACUUUGUUCAAGGCAACUCUGAGCAUCUCCCAUUCAAGGACGAGACGUUCAACUGCUACACAAUCUCAUUUGGCAUUCGUAACUGUACAAACAUCGACAACGUCUUGACAGAGGCGUACCGCGUGCUCAAGAAGGGCGGUCGCUUCAUGUGUCUAGAGUUCAGCCAUGUGCCCAACCCUCUGCUGCACUUUAUGUACGAGAAGUACAGCUUCAACGUCAUCCCCGUGAUGGGUCAGCUGAUAGCAGGCGAUCGUGACAGCUAUCAGUACCUUGUGGAGAGUAUCCGCAAGUUCCCCAAACAAGACGAGUUUGCCGAUAAGAUCAGACGUGCCGGCUUCAAGCAGGUCACCUACAAGAACCUAACAUUUGGCGUCUGCGCCAUCCACUCUGGCUGGAAGGUGUAA